CUUCUCUUCCUGCUUUGCGGCGUGAAUCAACAAACUGAGGAGAGCGACUCUCCCAACCCAGGAAAACAGAGGAAACUAGAGAGCCGGCAGCCGGUCAGCUUUUUUUUUUCUUGGAGGAAGCCUCUAAGGAGCACCUUGAGCAGAGAGGAGCAGUAACAUGGACUUGGGGCUGUGAACCUGAGCAGCAGCAGCAGCAGCAGCAGCAGCAGCAGCAGCAGAGAAGGAGGAAGAGAAGGAAGAGGAAGAGGAGAGGACACCGGCCACCGGCUGGUAAACAUUCCCAUCCUGGCCCGAAUCGGCUCUCCCAGACGAAACAUGGUGCAUGUGUACAACUGCCACCCAUUCGCCUCGCAGCAGAUAGUCCAGGUGGAGCAGGAGCCCGGCCUGUUCUGCUGUGGCGGUGGAGCUCUGUUCGUGGUAGCAGUUGGAGGAUGCAAGGUGGAGGCCUACGACGUGGAGCAGGAGGGCUGCCCGCUGCUCUGCCGCUUCGGCACCAUGGGCACCGUGAGGAGCAUCAAGUACAGCAACAUAGGUGACUACCUGGUGACCAUCGAGGAGAAGAACAGCGCCACCUACCUGAGAGCCUACACCAACUGGCGCUACCAGGCGGAGGAGAAGGCCCGUGUCGGGGUGCGCUUGUUGGGCCACCUGCUCCGUGGGGCGUCACUGCGGGGUGGAGCUCAGAUGGAGAUCAUUGAGAUCCCUCUGUCAGAGCGGCCUGUUGCCGUGGCGUGUUGCCCGGUAACGGGGGACCUUCUGGUCGGCUGCGACAAAACUUUGGUGCUGUUCAGCCUGAAGAGACAGAACCAGCAGAACCUGAGUCAGCAGAACCUGCAGAGCCCCUGGCAGAGCACUCAGCAGAGCUCCAGUCAGACUCAAGCUCAGAGUUCAAGUCCAAACCAGAACGUCUCUGUCUUGGAUUUUGAACGCUCGGUCAUCCUGCAUGUUCCAGGAAUUUCACCAAAGCAGGUGGCGCUGUGUGCGGGAUACGUGGCUGUGCAGGCAGAGCUGGAGGUGCUGGUGCUGAAACUGGAUGCAACAUCAGACCCUAAAGACCAGGAAGAAACUCCGGACACUCAUCAAACAGAUCCUGUUGAUGACCCAACUGAGUUUCUGCUGUUGCCGAGACAUCAGGAGUUGCUUGGCGACCGAGCCAGAGACUGUGGUCUCACCGUUACCAUGGAAAAGACCGGCCUGGAGGACAGGGGACAUUACAAAGUGUCCUAUGUGCUGUUCAGACGUUUUGCUCCAGAUUUCGCACAGGGCUGCAGCGUGGAGGAGACUCGACUCCACUCCCUACAGCUCCACCCACUGUUCACCAAUAACCAGUCGGUGUGUGUCGAUGAGCCGGCAUGUAUCUUCUGCUUCUUCUCGCUCCCCACCACUGGCUACCUCUACAGCCUGAGGGGCGGAGUCGAGCUGCUCUCGGCCUAUCAGUAUCCAGAGAAGGCCCUGGAGGCGGUGCUAACGGACCAUCUGCUGCACGUCAUCACCAAGAGUGCUCUGCAGUGCUUCUCGGUUCGCUGUGCAGCAGUAGCAGCCAGAGUUGAAGACCCCUACAUCGACACCACCAUGAGGGCGUGCCCUCCCUGCACCCUGGAGGUGUGCGCUCUCAGGAUGCAGCUGUUCAUCGGCCUGCGCUCGCUGUGUGUGUACGGCCGCCACGUGGUCCUGCUCUCCACCGCCGACACGGAGACGCCAGAGGAGGCCGAACGCACCGCACAGCGCAGGAGCAUCAACAGGAAGUGGACGGGGUCUCGGCCCAGAGAGUCCAGCGAGGUGGGACACGGGUGGAACCUCUAUGUGGUCGACACCGUCACGCCCCUCACACUCUACCAUGAGAUGAUUGAAUACAGCCGUCGCUAUGUGGAGAGCAGCCCGCAGACCCAGAGCUGUCGCCACCUCCUCUGUGAGGCUCACCUCCUCCUCCGCGCCUCCUUGCUCCAGCCGUCGUCACGGCAACGCAGCGGCGACGGAAACGCCGGAGUUUCACCGGAGACGAACACAGACGGAGAGACGGACGCCGACAGACAGGAGCUGGAGGAGGCCUUCAGGGCCAACUGUGCCCACCUGGGAGACUCUUUCAGCAGGGGAAACCAGAGGGACUGCCACCUGGCUCUCCCGUACUACAGGAUGUCUGGUCUGUCCGUCACCGACGUCAUCGCCAGGAACCGCCCCCUCCCCAACAGCCCGCACUCCUACGGCCCCGGCUUCCUGUUUUACCUGAAGCACUUCCUGUUAGAGGAAACGGACCAGAUCCUCACUCAGGAAGCAGCUGAUGAGGUAAUAGACAUUUUUAGCCAAUCAGAGCCCUCCGAGCUCGUCAGUGUGUGUGCGAGCCCCGGCAUGCUGCACGCCAGCCCCGCCCAGAUGAUGGUCCGGCUGCAGUACCUGGAGGACACCACGGGUGUGUCGGUUCCCCUGACGAUCACCAUGGCAACCAUGGCCCUGCGCUUGGACGACCUGCUGCAGUACACACAGCUGAUGGGCAGACACUCUGAGAUGCUGCUGGUGUACGGCUUCAUUGAGGAACCCAGGCUGUUGCUGCACGGUGGAAGUGGAGGCCAGGACACACACACACACCCCACGGCAUUUGCUCGCCACCUCACACACUCCCAGCCCGGCCUGCUGGUGGCAGCCAUGGUGGCUCUGCACGAGAACAACAGAGUCCAGCUGGAACAGGCUGAUCAAGUAUUCAAGGAGCUGGGUUGCGAGGACGGCUUGCUGGUAGAUUUCUGGGAGGCGGUGCUAAUGGCCUCAUCACAGGAGGUUGUCAUCCAGGAACUCCUGUUCCGAUUGGCUGCGGUCUACAUCGACCGGCUGACACACACGCACCCCGACACACACCCCGAACAUCCACACACGCCUCCUGCCAGCCGGUCACUGAAGAGCGCUGAUGACCUGAUCAACUCGUGUUCUCACUAUGGCGUGCUGUACCCGUGGCUCAGUAUUCUGACUCCAGCUACAAGUACCAAAUCCCAACAGCAGGAGGCGCUACACAAACUGCAGUCUCUCCUUUGUGGGCCGUCCCUCUCUGUGUGCUCUGUCGUGCCUCUGUUGGAGCGUCUGUCAGAGGAAACUCUGUGGGGCUUCAGCCUGCACCUGCUCUGUGCCACCAGAAGGGGGCAGUACGAGAGCAGCAUGGAGAAGCUGCUGGACCGGUGUCCCCAGGCCAUCAUACCCUACGCCAACCACCAGCUACAGGACACACACAUGCCGCUGUGGUGGCAGAAGCUGCUCCCGGAGCUCUGUAACAGGACAAGAGCCGCUGCAGACGACAGCAUCCUGUUGGCUGCCCUCAAAGAGACGCUGGUAGUGGUUGCCAUGGAGACGAGCCCUGCAGAGUUCCUGGAGUUGUUGCCUGAUGACGGCACGGCGUCGUACUUCCUGCCUCACCUGCUGACCUGCAGUCAAAGACACUUGCUGGCCUGACAAACACACAAACACACACACAAACACACAGAGUUGUGUUACUGUGCCUCUUACCCUUGUUAAUCCUGCAUUACAUUUUUAGAGAAAUCCUCCUAACAGUAGAUAUGUAAACGCAGGUGACUUAAAUGUGCACAAACACCCUGGAACAAACAAAGUAGAAUAUGUCAGUCGUUCUUCUAUGUUGCAAAUUGAGCUGGCACCUAGUACCAGCUGGUCUUGUCUGCAGCGCUGCGCCCUCAUUUAUCCAGUGAAAGCUGAUUGAGUGUGUUUGCUUUUCCCCAGCAACGCCCUGCCUCAGUUUCAUUCAGUACCUCACAUUCGCACAGCACCAGUCGUCUAAGCUGCAGACUGCAGGUUACGGGCCUGAGUGCAAGAAUUCCUUACUGAGGAAUCAAGGAAGCUACCGAACAUUUACAUCUGAUGACAACCGUGCAUGAGAAACUGAUGACAAAACCUUCAGCACCAAGGACAGCACCCAGGAUCUUUUUUUAUUUUAUUUUAUUUUGUUUCAUUUUGAGCGCUAUUUACUUUAUUAUUGAUGAAAAAAUGGACACAGCCACUUUAUGUUUUUUUGUGCCAGACUCCCGGUCAGGCAUUUCUGCUUAUUGGCUCAGUUUUCACAGCAGCAGCUCUCUCAACAACGGGUUGAUUUUUGGAAGUGCUCUCACAACAUCAUCAACAUCUAAGCUCAUCAAGCUAGUUAGCAGGGAAGCGAUCAAACUGCAGUGCAGCACAAAGGGCCUCGGCGCCACAGCACUGCCUGCAGCUCCAUUCUAGCAACCAGGUGUUUGUGCCUUGCUCGAGGACACCUGGACAGUAGAUGUUUCAUUUGUUCAUUUCAGGAUCUCCUUUAGCUGGAAACACAGUAGUCAGCUCAUCGUCCUGGUGUCCACAGAUAAGACAGUGACAACAAUAAAACAGUGAGAUGACAAUCACUUCAAUUACAUAUAAAAAUGUAUACAUCUCAGUGACAAUCUAUAGUAAUUAUAGAGAAUAAGCAGAAUAAAAUUAGAACAAUUACAGAUCAUUGAUGAGCACAUUACUAUAUAUACAUACUAUACACAUGGUGAAAGAAAAGGAAAAAAAAAAAUCAAAGCACACACCGUUGUAGUUAUGCCUUACUAAGUCUUAUUCAUUGAAGUGUAGUUUAGAUACCUCUUAAAUGAGACCUUGCAAUUAAAUUUCCAAAUGCCUGCAAGAAGUUUAUUCCAUGACUGUUUGUCACAUGAAUGAUCUUUUCAGUAGAUUUAUCUUUGGAUGGAGGAGCAGUAUCUGACCAUUAUGUCCAUUCCUUGUUUCAUAAAUUUGAAUAUAGAUGAUUUACUGUAUUUGACCGAAUAAAUGCAAUGCCUAGUGUGCGUGGAUAAUGUUCCACAAAAAAUGAUAAUGCUGAUCUGUAUAAGUUGUGCUCUGCUGUUAGUAAUGACAGAUCUGUUGAGGGAGGAGAAUGUGUUACUUAUCUAGACCAGGGUUUCAAACCAGCAACCUUCAGGUCACAAGUUGCAUCCCUGACCUCCAAGCUGUAGCAAUGCCUUUAAUUUUUUUUUUUUUUUGAUAUGUAUUGCUUGUAUAUGACUUGGUAAAUACUUAAUCAACACACUGAAGUGUCCCUCUGCUUACACUUGAUGUCACACACCUUGAUGUUGAUGCAGCAGCUGCUCUGUUUUACUUCAAGCAGGAGUUCUGUUUGAACCAUUUUGGGAGAUAAAGUAACGCAAAAGCAAGCCUUUCUUGUGAAAUCAUCAUGUACUGCAAAUGCUCUGCAAAAGCCAAAGAUGCAAGUCUGUGUUGUGACGAGCAGAACCACAGAAGACGUGGAUCAAGUUGUCCUGGAGACUUAACAACAGCAUCAGUGUCAUUUAUAUAAAACAGCAUUGUAAUAUUAGGCUGGUCUAACAGUUGCAGAGCAGGACUGUAGAAACUGUGAUGUUCAAAUGUUUUAAAUCAAUGGCUCUGAUGAUGUAUGUUUUUUGAUUUGUUUUUUUGUUUUUUUUUACUUCUGAAAUAAAACCAAAGAAUUGAAGAGUACAGCUGA